AUGUCCUUGAGCGCAAACGAAAUAGCACAGCUCCGGGCUGCCCUGCAGGACGCAGUGGUGAAGUGCUCCGAGAGAUGCCUGUAUCAGUCCUCAAAAUGGGCCGCCGAACUUCUUAAUGCGCUUCCCGAAACCGAAGAGCAGGAUGUUACCAUCGAAGGACAGUCUGCCUCCCCGAUAUACACCCCGAACUCAGACCCCGAGGAGGCCUUGUUAGAGGCAAAAGAGCUGAGCAAAUACCUCCUUGCUAAAUCAUUCUUCGACUGCCGCGAAUACGACCGUUGCGCCGCCGUCUUUCUCCCCGACUCGCUUCUCUCCAGCGUGCUCAACUCCAAGCUCGAGCCUACUACAGCUCAGACGAAGGGCAAGGCUAAGGCUACAACCUCGACUCGAACCUCCACACCUGUAAAACUGCCAAAGAUCAGCCAGAAGAGCUUGUUUCUUGCCCUGUAUGCCAAGUUUCUGUCCGGAGAGAAGAGGAGGAACGAGGACACCGAGAUGGUCAUGGGCCCUCAAGACGCGGGGUCAAUUCUCAACAAGCAGCUGCUUGUUGUCGGGCGCUAUCUGUCAACUUGGUUUGAGGAGCGGGAAACCAAGGAGGGCGAUAUUGCUGGCAGUCAGGGCUGGCUUGAGUAUCUCUACGGAAUGGUUCUCGCGAAAGAAAAGAACGAUAAGAAGGCCCUGAGCUACUUUAUCCAAAGCGUUCACAAAUAUACAAUGAACUGGGGUUGCUGGCUAGAGAUGACGUCUCUCAUUUCCAGAGUCGAGGAUCUCAACCAAAUUCUGGCCGAAUGCCCUCAGAAUAUUGUUUCAUACAUGUUCCACCUACACACCUCACUGGAGCUUUACCAACAGUCCUCAGGGCUAGCAAGCUCUUUGGAGCAACUUCUCUCCAUAUUCCCCACAUCCUCCUUCCUCCUCACAUGUAAUGCCUUGUUGGCGUACCAUUCCAAGGACUUAAUGGCUGCAGAGCAGCAUUUUGGCCGACUACUCUCUAUACACCCGCACAGACUCGACUCCCUGGACCACUACUCUAAUAUUCUAUACGUACUUAACCUGCGACCAAAGCUGGCAUUCUUGGCACACAUCUGUUCUAGUAUUGACAGGUUCCGUCCGGAGUCCUGCGUCGUCAUUGGCAACUAUUACUCACUCCUGUCCAUGCACGACAAGGCGGUGCAGUACUUCCGGCGGGCGUUGACUCUCGACAGAUCCUGCCUGUCUGCCUGGACCCUCAUGGGCCACGAAUACGUCGAGCUGAAGAACACCCACGCGGCCAUCGAGUCGUACAGACGAGCCGUCGACGUGAACCGCAGCGAUUACCGCGCAUGGUACGGCCUCGGCCAGACGUAUGAGAUGAUUGAAAUGCACACGUAUGCUCUUUGGUAUUACAAGAAAGCGGCUGGUCUGCGUCCCUGGGAUGGCAAGAUGUGGAUGGCCGUUGGUUCAUGUCUCCAGAAGAUGGGGCGGGAGCGGGACGGUAUCAAGGCGCUGAAGAGAGCACUCCUCGUGGACGCCUAUUACGAGGUUGGCAGUAGUUUUGGCAGCGGUGGUGACAUGCUGGGCGGUCGUACCGCCACCGGACAGAUGGAUCCGGACGUCCUCCUGCAAAUCGCGAUAAUGUACGAUCAGCUCGGGGAGGAGGAGGAGUCCAAGGCCUACAUGGAGCUGUGCGUGGCCCAGGAGGAAGGCGGCGAGGCGGCGCAGGGCAACCUGGCAGAGUCGGUGAGGAUCCACAACGACUCCCCCGCGGGGUCGGACGACGGCACGGUCGAGGAUGCCGAUAAUGUCGGGCACGAGGGGACCGGCGUCACCGCGGCCACCAGCAAAGCCCGCAUGUGGCUGGCCAGGUUCGCGAUGCGGACGGCCGACUACCACACGGCGAAUCGCCUGGCCACCGAGCUGUGCCAGGACGGCGUCGAGGUGGAGGAGGCAAAGGCCCUGGUGCGCGAGGUUAGGUCGAGGCUGGAGGCGUCUGGGAUGUUUGACGAUCCUGCGGGCUAG